AUGUGCCUCGCUGCCGGCAUUGUGUCUGCUGGUAUGCUGCUCGCGCCUAGUGACUCGAAGAUUCCCUUCACCACCAUCGGUCAGCUUCAGCAGGUCUGCGCGGCGACGCAGGCUGGCAGUACCCCGGUGGCGAUGUACACAGCCGCCAUGACGGCCCUUGUUGUCAAUCUCAUGAAUGAACAGAAGGUGACCCAGGCGUACGUGAGCGCGUACCUGAACGCCGACAGGAGGUGGACCUGGUCCGUCUACGAGGGCGGGGACGUCAUCGAAACGCUCAUGAACAGCAACCAGUGGGCAAGCGGAAACCCGACGGGGGCGCACACCACCUACAGACACGCGGCCUACAGCACCACGGAUAAGGGACUCAUCAGCGUCACCGGCUAUGACAACUACCCAGUAAUCUGCAACUACGAGAACCGUACAGACUAUAGUCCACCCGGCAAGCGGUUCCCCUGGUGGGGCACUCUCAUCCUUGUGGCAGCAGUGGUGGUCGUCGCUGUGGCAGUUGCUGUUUGCUGCCUCUGUUGCAAGAGGAAGCAGUUCGACGACGCAGGCGACGAGGACAGCGAGCUCACGACUCACAACGCCUCCUUCGGGAGCUGUGGCACCAGCCACACGGAUAGCGACAAGUCUGACGGUAGCUCGGUUUUCACCUCGCGCCGCUCGUCCUUCUCUGGGUCGGAGAAUCCGUCCGCCGGCUCGUCCUCUUCUUGA